UAAGAUGCAGGGGCUGAAACGAGUGGCAAAGCAUCAAGCCUGAGCUGCUCUCCAUAAGUUGUGGACUUGCUUAAUUCUGCUGUGCUUAGAGACAUCCUCCCUUUAUCUCAAGGACUGUGUAAUUAGAAAGCCUCCUUUGAAUUUUAUCUGCAGGGCACACGGGAUCUAAUCCUUCGCCCUGGGUGGUUCUUGUCUCCACAGAACCAUGUGAGGGACAUCGCCGGGGCUCAGGACACGCGCGGGGGACGCGGAGUUUGCCUUUCCCAGGAUGGCUCAGAGGAGGAGCUGGCCUCGGGGAGCGGACUCUGAUGGCCGGUCAGUGGCUCUGCUCUGCCUCUUCCUGGCAUCGCUGUCCCGGAACGUGUCCAGCAAUGCCUUGUUCAACACUUUCCACUCGGAGAACCGCGACUGGACGUUCAACCACCUGACGGUGCACCGGGCCACCGGCGCCGUCUACGUGGGGGCCAUCAACAGGGUCUACAAGCUUUCGGGGAACCUGACCAUUCUGGUGGCUCACAAAACCGGUCCCGAGGAGGACAACAAAUCCUGCUACCCACCCCUCAUCGUGCAGCCGUGCAGCGAGGUCCUCACUCUCACCAACAACGUCAACAAGCUGCUCAUCAUCGACUACUCCGAGAACCGGCUGCUGGCGUGCGGCAGCCUCUACCAGGGCGUCUGCAAACUGCUGCGCCUCGACGACCUCUUCAUCCUGGUGGAGCCCUCGCACAAGAAGGAGCAUUACCUGUCCAGCGUCAACAAAACGGGCACCAUGUACGGCGUGAUCGUGCGCUCCGAGGGUGAGGACGGGAAGCUCUUCAUCGGCACGGCGGUGGACGGAAAGCAGGAUUAUUUCCCCACCCUGUCCAGCCGCAAGCUGCCCCGGGACCCGGAGUCGUCGGCGAUGUUGGAUUACGAGCUCCACAGUGACUUUGUGUCGUCCCUCAUCAAAAUCCCCUCGGACACGCUGGCCCUGGUUUCGCACUUCGACAUCUUCUACAUCUACGGCUUCGCCAGCGGCAACUUCGUUUAUUUCCUGACCGUGCAGCCCGAGACCCCCGAGGGCGUCUCCAUCAACUCCGCCAGCGACCUCUUCUACACCUCGCGCAUCGUCCGCCUGUGCAAGGACGACCCCAAGUUCCACUCGUACGUGUCCCUGCCCUUCGGCUGCGUCAAGGGCGACACGGAGUACCGGCUGCUGCAGGCUGCCUACCUGUCCAAGCCGGGUGAGGUGCUGGCCAGGGCCCUCAACAUCACGGCGCAGGAGGACGUGCUCUUUGCCAUCUUCUCCAAGGGCCAGAAGCAGUACCACCACCCCCCCGACGACUCGGCGCUCUGCGCCUUCCCCAUCCGCACCGUCAACGCCCACAUCAAGGAGCGCCUGCAGUCCUGCUACCAGGGAGAGGGCAACCUGGAGCUCAACUGGCUGCUGGGGAAGGAUGUCCAGUGCACCAAAGCGCCAGUCCCCAUCGAUGACAACUUCUGUGGGCUCGACAUCAACCAGCCCCUGGGGGGCUCGGUGCCCGUGGACGGGGUGACACUCUUCACCUCCAGCCGUGACCGCAUGACCUCCGUGGCUUCCUACGUCUACAACGGCUACAGCGUGGUCUUUGUGGGCACCAAGACGGGCAGGCUGAAGAAGCCUCAGGGCAUCGUCCUCCUGCUUCCCUCUACCCUCCUGCUGGAUGAUUGA